GAGGGUUCCCUUGGCAACGGGAACCGUGUGGAGGUUCGAGACGGGGUAUCCCUCCACCCCCCACCCCACUCCGGUCUCUUUCAACUCGGGAGCUCACCCCUCAGCUCUCAUGGAGGCGUCUCUAACCAGGAGACUACCCUUUAAAGACCGGCAUUUCACCUGCAGCAAAAUAAUAGGAAGGAGGUUCGCUUGCUUUGCGCAGAGGCUGAGCCACAGGAGAAAGCAAAGCCAAUGUGAUUUAUUGAAUGAGAGCCCUGGACAAUUACCAACAACUUGUUCCUCUGCUGCCUCCAACAACCUAAGCUGGAACAGCCGUGUGAAAAUGACCCAACAGAUGCAGAGUUUACAUCUUUCUCAGUCAAAAAAACAUAGCGCCCCAUCGUCUCCCAAUGCUGCCAAACGCCUUUACAGGAACCUCUCCGAGAAGCUGAAGGGGAGCCACUCUUCGUUUGAUGAGGCCUAUUUCAGAUCAAGAACUGACCGGCUGAGUCUCAGAAAGACCUCGGUGAACUUCCAGGGCAAUGAAGCCAUGUUUGAGGCCGUGGAGCAGCAGGACAUGGAUGCUGUGCAGAUCCUCCUGUAUCAGUACACACCAGAAGAGCUGGACCUCAACACACCCAACAGUGAGGGGCUGACACCUCUGGACAUUGCCAUCAUGACCAACAAUGUGCCCAUUGCUAGGAUUCUUCUGAGGACAGGGGCCCGAGAAAGUCCACACUUUGUCAGCCUGGAAAGCCGAGCCAUGCACCUCCACACGCUGGUGCAGGAAGCCCAGGAGAGGGUGAGCGAGCUGUCUGCUCAGGUGGAGCAUGAAGGAUUCAGCCUGGACAACACAGAGAAAGAGAAGCAGCUGAAAGCUUGGGAGUGGAGGUACCGACUCUACAGACGCAUGAAAACCGGCUUUGAACACGCCAGAGCCCCCGAGGUGCCAGCCAAUGCCUGUCUCACGGUAACCAGCAGCACAUCACUCACUGUCAGCUUUCAAGAGCCUCUGAGCGUCAACGCAGCUGUAGUAACCAGAUAUAAAGUGGAAUGGAGCAUGUCUAAAGACUUUUGUCCUUUGGCUGGAGAAAUCAUCAUGGAAAACCUGCAGACCCUGAGGUGCAUAAUCACAGGACUUACAACGGGCCAACAGUAUUUUGUUCAAGUCUCGGCUUAUAACAUGAAAGGAUGGGGACCUGCUCAGACCACGACACCAGCAUGUGCCUCUCCUUCUAACUGGAAAGACUAUGACGACAGAGCACCCAGACACAAGGGACAGAGUGAAGUUCUGGAAGGUCUGCUGCAGCAGGUCCGAGCCCUUCAUCAGCAUUAUAGUUGCCGGGAAACUUCAAAAUUACAAACCACAGGCCGCAAGCAGUCAGUCUCAAGGAGCCUGAAACACCUAUUCCAUUCCUCAAACAAGUUUGUGAAGACCUUGAAACGGGGACUCUACAUAGCUGUUAUAUUUUAUUACAAAGACAGUAUGUUAGUCACCAAUGAAGAUCAAAUACCAAUUGUUGAAAUAGAUGACUCUCACACCAGUUCCAUUACCCAAGAUUUUCUGUGGUUCACGAAGCUGUCUUGUAUGUGGGAGGAUAUAAGGUGGUUGAGGCAAAGCGUACCUAUCUCCAUGUCCUCAUCCACAGUACUGCAAACUCGGCAGAAGAUGCUUGCAGCAACAGCCCAGCUACAGAAUUUACUUGGAACCCACAACUUGGGAAGAGUUUACUAUGAGCCCAUUAAAGACCGGCAUGGAAACAUCCUCAUAGUCACCAUCAGAGAGGUGGAGAUGCUCUACUCAUUUUUUAAUGGCAAAUGGACGCAGAUCUCAAAGCUGCAAAGCCAGAGGAAGUCUCUCUCAACACCUGAGGAGCCAACAGCCUUAGACAUUUUACUGAUUACCAUCCAGGAUAUUCUCUCCUAUCACAAAAGGAGUCAUCAGCGUCUCUCUCCUGGAUUAUACCUGGGUUACCUAAAGCUGUGCAGCUCUGUAGAUCAGAUCAAAGUUCUUGUUACCCAAAAGCUGCCCAACAUUCUCUGCCACGUGAAGAUCCGUGAAAACAAUAACAUUUCCAAAGAGGAGUGGGAAUGGGUCCAAAAGCUUUCUGGCUCUGAAUCUAUGGAAAGUGUGGAUCAUACUUCUGACUGCCCCAUGCAAUUGUUCUUCUACGAGCUCCAGAUGGCAGUGAAAGCCCUCCUUAAGCAGAUCAAUAUACCUCUACACCAGGCAAGGAACUUCCGCCUCUACACACAGGAGGUGUUGGAAAUGGGUCACAAUGUGUCCUUUCUUCUCCUGCUCCCUGCCUCAGACGACGUCUGUACAGCCCCAGGACAGAAUAAUCCUUACACCCCACACUCAGGGUUUCUUAACCUCCCUCUUCAGAUGUUUGAACUUGUUCAUUUUUGCAGCUACAGGGAGAAAUUUAUUAGUCUGUAUUGCCGCCUUUCUGCUGUUGUGGAGCUGGAUUCUCUGAAUACCCAACAGUCCCUGAGGGAAGCAAUCUCAGACAGCGAAGUUGCAGCUGCCAAACAAAGACACCAGCAAGUUUUAGAUUUCAUUCAGCAAAUAGAUGAAGUCUGGCGUGAAAUGAGGUGGAUCAUGGAUGCUCUACAUUAUGCAAGAUACAAACAGCCAGUUUCUGGUUUAUCCAUCACUAAGCUGAUAGAUCCCUCAGAUGAGCAGAACCUAAAGAAGAUCAAUUCCACAUCAUCACAUAUAGACUGUCUUGCAUCACCAUCCCCAUCCCCAGAGAUGCACAGAAGGAAGGCAAUGAGCGAUUCACAGCCGUGCUCUGACGAAGAAGCCUGCUCGGAAGUCUUCCUCCCCACCGACAGCGACUACGACUCCAGUGACGCUCUGAGCCCUCGAGACCUGGACCUGGUCUACCUGUCGUCACACGACAUCGCCCAGCAGGCCCGAAGCGGCCUGAGCGGCAGUGCCCCCGACGUCCUGCAAGUGCACGACAUGAAGCCUCCGUCCGGGCCGGGCCAGGACGCCCAGGGUCGCGUCCCAGCGCCAGAGGCCGACCACUCGUGCGCCGAGCUCCUACACGGCCUGACGCUCACGGGCCUCACGCCUAAGAACCACGCCAAGAUGGCGCCGGGCGCGCGGCUGCCGCUGGGCUUCCUGGGAAAGCGGAAGCCGGCCAAGCAUCCGCACUACGGCGGCUUCAGCCGACACCACCGCUGGCUGCGCAUGCACGGCGAGACGCACUCGCUGUCGCUGUCUGAGGGCGUUUACACGCAACACCUGUCCCGGGCCUGCGGCCUGGCCCAGGAGCCGGGGGCGGCCGAGCAGCUGGGGCCUGCCUCCGAGGGGCCCCGGGGCUUGGCUCUGGCCCAUGCCGCCAGUCUCCCUGAGGAGCCGAAGGGCAGCCUCCAGGACCCGAGGCCUGCGGUGCGCCGCAUCUUUGUGGAGCCCUACCCCGAGGCCCUGGUGGAUGCCAAGCCCUGGGCGGCCUUGAGCCCGCCGGCCGGAGGCCACUCUGGCCUGCCCAGCCCCAGCGGCCCGGAGAUGAGUCCAGAUGGCCCGACCUCCUCCCCGGUGUCAGAAAUACUCAGCAGCAUGCUUUAGGGAGGCCCGCGACUAACUGUCCGCCGGUCCACCUCAAGUCCCUGCAUUUUCCAUCACCCUGCUCCCAGCCUACCCCUACCGUGUCCCCAUCCAUUUUCAAAUGGUUUGAAUGUUAAAAACCCAAAGGUUAUCGGUUCAAGGCCCUCUUUUUUGGAGCAGAGUUGGAGUGGAGGCAAGAGUUGCCAGUGUCAUUUCGAGUUCAGCCUAUAAAGGGUGUACUUAGAAGGGCUUUUGUGACAACAUGGAGUCCUGGACGCAAGGAUUCAAACAUGCCACCCUGUUGGUGGCACCUGUGACUGAGGUAGGGCAACCCCAAGAGCCACCCUCAGUUCUGCAGCUGGCUGUGUAAUCUGACCCCUGACUUAGGGCUUUUCCAUGAAUUUCAUGAUUGAUGGGGAGGAGUUCCAUAGAUGACAAUAAGAUGAAAUAAGAUAUUGUUCCCUCCAUUCCCAACCUUUAGAAGAGUUUGGGGGAUAGAAGCCCAGGUUGCGUCUCUAGGGAACAGGGUCAAGUGGACUUGUCCUGGGUUCCCUGUCAGCUGAACCAGGUCAUUCCAAAGAGCAGGGUUCUCAGCAGCUCAACAAAUCCAGUUUAUCCAUCAGCACUGAUCUGAGUAAAUAGGACUUGGUCAGGCCUUCAAUUAGUGCUGUUUGGAAACCUCCAGAAACAAAAGUAGAGGAGGCUUCUCUUCUAGCUCUGUCUUACGAAGAUUGUUCACUCAGCUCCCAUUCAAGCAUGAAAAUGGGCCAUAUAUUAUUCUAGGGUGCAAGGAGGUGGCUGAGUGAAGUGAAAGCCUGGAUUAUAGACAAGGGGUGGGAGAGAGACAUGCCCCAAAAUGUGUUUCCUUUCCAAUCCUAAAAUAAGUAAAUCCACAAGAGUUGUGUCUCUGAAAAUGAUAAUGGAUCUGCUCUGGAUUCUUAGGUGAUAGAUUUGUUACGGAACAAGAAAGUGCCCUUCAAAUAUAGCCAGGCAGGGAUAGAGUUUUUAUAGUGAUACAAGCACAACUACUCACCCCCACAUCACAGGACCUGAGACAUUGUCCAGAGCAUGGGUUGCUGCCUUCCCUUUUCAAUCUACCCUUCCAAAGUCAGUUUUGCCCCUAGAUCAGCUGACCCAUUGGCCUCCUUAGAAGGCCCUACCAGUGGUUCCAAGACUGUGUUCAAAGACACCUGAAAAAUCUUGCUAUGGUCUCAUUGCCUCCCACCUGCCUUUCUCACAAAUGAGAAACCCAAAUCAAAGAGGAAUCACACUGCAUAUUCAAAAAAGGCACGAGCCCCCUCUCCUUUCCUGGAGCCAAGACCCAUUCAGUUCACUGAUAUUCUAAAUGGUCCUUUUCUGCUUCACAGACAUUUUGGUUAAAUAUUGCUCUUUAUGGCCCUACCCUUGUCCUCACAGUUCCACCAUUCCGCCUCAUGGGAGUUCAUACAAAGUCCCCUGUUCACAAUGUUAUUCCGAUCCCUUUCAUUUUUAAAACAUUUGAUUUAAACAUAAAUAAUUACCCUGGUGGAAAGGUACAGAUUUGGCCCAUGGCCUAUGGUCAUUAGAAAACUAAAGCCCAGAGCUCAGUCUUUAUUUUUUUAAGAGAUUUUAUUGUCAAUGAACACCAACCCCCUUGCCGCCACCCCCAAAGAAUCUUGAUCAGAAUCACUGCAGCUCCUUUUCCAGGCCUGGGAGGAUUUUUAAAUGCAGUUUUCUUCUGUUCUGAGUUAAUUCUAUGUGUAUGGAGUAUUAGAACUAGAAGGGACUAUAAAAUUAGUCUAAGUCCUUGCAUUUACAGGUAAGGCAGUCAAGGCCCAGAGAGGUUCAGCAACUUACUCAAAGUCACGGAGCUAGUUUAGUCUCAGAGUUAGGGUCAGAACCCAGAACCACUCCCUUGAUCGCAGUGUUUCCAUUGAGAAUUGGUACAUACUCAACUUUUCAUUGUCUAUAGGCUACUCAGCUAGUUUACAGAUCAUCUAUCUGCUUCUAAUGCCAAAUUCAACUCUUUUUCUCAACUUUUACCUAACAGAUUUCCAAUAUCACAGAGCUCCUUGUUGCUAGGAAAUACAAAUUUCAUAUAACGGGUAGCUAAGCUAAUUAAUUGAUUAUAAUUAACUAAAAACCUAAUUUGGGAGAAAUGUCGUUUAAAAUUGCUUACCAUAUGACUCCCAUUUAAAAACAAAAAUGCCACAGAGUUACCUGCCCUCAGUUUCUUCUUAUUUCUAAUUGUAAGACAGAUUGUAUACGUUGAAUAAGUUUGUGAGAUGAGAUGCUGGAAUUGUCAAGGACUCAGAAACCAAGCAAUUCUCUGAUCAUGACCUUUCUCGUGACAUGGAAGGAAGUUUGUGACUGUGAAUUAGACAGGAGGCAUUCAACAGACAGCAAAAGCAGACUGACCCACCUUUCUGGCUCCUCAUCUGGUCAGCAUGUUUUGGCACACUGGACCAAAUAAUGGCUCAUGAGGUAAAAUGGCCUUAAAUUCAAACCCUCUAACUUAUAUUAGGGACAUUGGGUAAUUUUUUUACCUUCUAUGAGGAAAAGAGAUGUAUGCCCAUGAAAUGAAUAAUGAACCUUAGAUUUCAAUGAGCAUACUUAAUCAAUUUGAAAAUGUGUUUUCCAAGCAAUAUCCUUUGAGAAAAGUAGAUUUUAUAUCAUCAAUAAUUAGCUAUCGUUAUCUGUUCUAGGAGGUUCCCUCCAUCCAUACCUCCACUUUGCAACUUCUUGUGAGCCUAUUUUAAAUUAAGACAUUAUUCUGAGAGAUAACUGUGUUCUCUAAUUCAUAUUCCUUUAUUCAUUUGUCCAGUCUUCUCAUUAUAUAGACUUUACAAAGUCUGAGGAUUCUUGUCCAUUUGUUUGUUUUGCUUUGUCUUAUUGGUUUGGUUUUGUUUUGGAUAUGAUGGACUUUUGUCUUUCAUUCUUUUUAAGUCCAGCCUGGGAGCCUGUUUCAGGUCUUCUUUUCCACCAUGUUUCUAACAUGCUUAAGUCUCCCGUGUACUAUCCAGCCUUUGUCAUUUGUGAAACCCUCAAAAAUCACUGACAGAGAUCCUCCCAUAUAUGUCUCUAUUCUAAGUCCCACACAGAACAAAGAAUCAAGUAUGAAACAUUCCUGGGCCACAGGGAGCUCACAGUCUGACAUGAGUGUAGCCAUCAUCAUCAUACAUCUUCCCAUCAAUGUCUUAGAAGAGGCAGGAGCCUGUCUCGUUCACCAGGCCAACAUAGUACAUGUUGGGCUGGACAUCUUUGAUUUUCCUCUUUUCAUAAAAGAGGAUAGCCUGGAAAAUGCAGGUCACCAAUGUAUGUGCUUGUCAACCAUUUACAAGGCUAUGACAUCCUCUUCCUUGGUGAGGGUACCUGGGAGACAGUAAUCAAAAACGUUUACUCCCGGGAGUGGGUGUUUUAAGAAGUAGUAACUUAAAGACAAGACCCAUUCCAUUUUAAGAACAUUCAUUAAUGUUCAAAGCAAUAAUUACACUGGGGAAAAUAGUUCCAUUUGGUUUGAAAGUUGAAGCCAGUCAGUAAUAAUAUUCCUCCAGCCCCCAUUCCUAAGGGAUCCCAAAGCACUUUAUGAAAAGCACUGACUGAAGCCUUGUUGUCCUCCCCUAAAAAGACCUUGUCCGGGAGCCACCUGGCAAACACCCACCCUAUCCUUGCCAGGAGAUCAUGCCAGACGAGUGGAAAAGAGGACUGGCCUCUCGAUCAUUGUUAUCCUGCCACACGAAUGUGCGCCCUGGUGAAUGUUGAGCUCUUCCCUCCAAGACAACAAUUUCAGACAAGUAGGCAAUACCAGAAAAACCCCAACUCCUUGGGCUCUUCUCGUUCUUCACGCUCCACCCGAGAUGUACUAACUUUCUCUUGGAGAACUAUCAGCUCAAGCUGUUAGGGGGUUUGCAGUGCAUUUCAGUUCCCUGGUUAUGUCAACGGCACACAGAAUUCACUGGCUCCUUAAAACUGAUCCUUUUUGGAAAGAUGAUACUAUCCUUCUAUGGCUAUCUCAAAUUUGCAAGUACUGAGCUACAGCAGAGAGUGUGUCCAUCUCUUGGUAUAUUUGUUUAUUAAACUAUAACAUACCAAUUAGAGAGGGUAGUCAAAUUAACAAGAGAGCACUCUCAGAGAAUUGAAAGUGCAACAUUGUCACUUUGUAAAGUCUAAAUAUUUUUCCAGAUGAUUCAAUUAAGCAAAUCUGAACUUUUUUUUUCCCCUGGUCAUACCUUUAAGGAAAUUUUUAAAGGAGCUAUUUGGAAAGCAAUGAUACUUCAUCACAGGUAGUAGGGCGAACAAGGAAAAAACUUGUUUCUUUGCUGGUCACCUCUCCUAAGAUGUUCAAACCCACGGCUUAUGACUGUUAAGCGAAACUUUAAUGCGGCCUU